UGAAACACAAGAAGUUACUGUUACGUAUAGGAUUUUGAUAGAAAGCGCCUUGUGUUUUAUGUUGCGUAAAAUUUUAACAUUAUCUUCUAGCUUAACUAUAUGUGCUUUAUCACAACAAUUAUAAAUUAGAACCGCAGUAAUAAACGGUGGCGACGGUUGUGUGUAUUUGUAAGAUUAUUUUUUAUUAUUAAUAGUGAAAAAUGAGGUAAUUAAUGUGAUUUUUUUAAGUAAAUGAUAAAAACGUUUGUUUACUAAAAACAACAUGAUUGGAAAUCAAGUUGGCACAUUGAGUGACGUUGUUGAGAAGAAAAGUGAAAAUGCAGCAACCUUGGAUCAUGCUAUGCACGUCGCAGGUAUCGGCUGGUACAACAUCAAAUACUGCUUGGUGUUGGCGCUAUUCCUCAUAGCAGCAAUAAUAGAGCCGAUUGGUUACGCCUACAUAUUGCCAGCAUCUAAAUGUGAUCUAAAUAUAACAGAUGCGCAACGAGGAUUUCUGGCCUCAGUCCCAUAUAUAGGUAUUGUAUUGACAUCAUUUCCAUGGGGCUACUUAGUGGACACUCGUGGCAGGAAGAAGUCAUUGAUCUUGAGUUCUCUGGCGGCGGGGUUGUUUGUAGUGCUGUCCGCGUUCAUGCCGGACUUCAUUAGUUUUACUGUUUGCAAAUUCAUGGUGGCACUAUGUAUAGCAUGUCCUGCAGCAGCACCAUACACAUUCAUAGGAGAACUCGUCCCUCUGAAGUAUAGAGAUGUCACUUUGUCUGUGACUAACGCAAUGCAGAUAUUAGGAUCCGUCAUAGUGCCCUUGUUCGCCUGGGCCGUUUUGCCUUUAGACUUUAGAGUGGAUUUCGGAGCUUACGACUUUAGACCAUGGAGACUACUCACAAUAAUGUACGGCUUAUUAUUCAUAAUAGCGGCUCUUUUGUUGCUACGCGGACCAGAGAGUCCAAAAUAUCUUUUAUCUCAAGGAAGAUAUGAGGAAACUUUGGAUCUGUUAAAAAUGAUAUAUUCGAAAAAUAGAAAGAAAUCGCCUGAUGAAUUUUCGAUAAAGUCUCUGAAAAUUGACGAAAACGUACAAAAAGAAAAACUUAGAUUCUUAACAUCGCUGAAAGUACAAACAUUGCCUUUAUUUAAACCGCCUUAUUUAAAAUGGAUGGCUCUCAACAGUUCUAUCUUCUUUGGGAUACUUGCGACAGCAAAUGGUCUUUAUGUUUGGGUACCCGAUCUUAUAAAUCGCGUGCUAAUGGGUGAUAGCGAGGGUGCCACGGCAUGUGAAAUUAUCGCUCAAAGACUCAACACUACUGGAGAUGACUUUGUCCAAUGUGAUGAUUCGCUCGACACAACCACGUUCCUUAUCAACACUGUAGCGAAUUUUGCUUGUGCCAUCAUCGCGAUCGUAGCUAGUAGUACCGUGAAGAUCAUCGGCAAGAAGACCUUACUAGUAGCAGUGCUGUUGAUAAUCGGUCUCUUCUGUGCACUUGUAAAUGUGGUAACGCAAGAUAUACUGUUUGUUAUAUUCCUGUCUGCGAUGCCGGUGAUCGCAUUAGCGAUAGGACCAGUUAAUGCAUACGCUGUACAAAUAUUCCCAACACAUCUAAGAGGCAUGGCUGUCAGCUUAUCAAUGAUGAUUGGUCGUGUUGGCUCCAUAAUUGGAGCUAAUAUCGCAGGGAUCAUGUUAAACGCUGCCUGCGAAGUCACAUUCUAUUUCUUUGGGGGAAUUCUAAUGUUUUGCGGUUUGCUGUCUUUCCUACUGCCUUCUUCUAAAGAGAAAAAAACCAAAGAGGUUGUGAUGACAAAAUUGUGAUUUAGUGAAACGGUAAAUCAUUGUAAUUAUACAAUAAGCCAUGUAAGAUAGAAACUUUUA